CUAUGGAAUUAAUAUUUAUCAAGGAAUAAAUAAUAAACUGAUUAUCUUUUACAUGAGAUAGAAAUUGUUACCAUGUACAAAUAGAUAUGGAUACUUUAUUUAUGAUGAUCAGUUUUGUUCUAUGAAGAAUUUCCCACACACACAAAAAAAAAUCAAUGAUAUUACUAAUCUACAGUUGUUGCUGAGGUUGUUGUUAUGGUUAGUGUUGUUAUGGUUGUCACUGUUACUGAGGUAAUGAAAGUACAUUUAAGGAAUAUACAAUGUGUAUUUCAUGUAAAAAGGAAGAUAAAUAUGUCGAGAUUUCCCCCCCCCCCAAAAAAUCGGAUACAUUUAUUGAUUAAUUUAAUUUAAUUCUGAUUAAACAUAAAUAUGCUAAUCCAUUGAAAAUUGAACGUUCUUUGAGCAACCUAUCAAAUAUGGUCGAUCAGAGGAAUCCUGAAAAUAUAUCCUAUGAAUGUCAAAUGGAAAAAACUCUACAAAAAUUGCAUGAUGUUGUACAGUUGAGACAAAAAUUACUUCUUGAACGUGCUACAUUAAAAUCUCAACUUGACAAAUUAUUACAAAGAUCUGUAAAUGAUGUAGAUCUUAUUGUUGGUGAUGACGAUGAUUAUGAUGAUGUUGAUGUUGAUGGUGGUGGUAGUAGUACCGGUGGUGGUGGUGUUGGACAAACACAAUCAAGCAAUUGUCAAUUACAGGAGACUGAAGAUUCUAAGUCUAAAGAAACUGUAAAACAAAUUCGUUCAAAAAUUAAAGAAUUAGAAAAACGUUGUGCAUUACAAUUAUUAAGACAUGAAGAAAUUUUAUUAGAAAUUGAAGAUGUACGUAAACGUAGUUGUAUCCAAUCCAAUAAUUCAUCAAUGAUGAUGGCAACAACAACAACAUUGAAUUCUAUAAAAAAUCAAUUACAUAAUGAUAUUGAUUCAAUUAAUCAAUCAACAUCAUCAAUAUCUUCUUCUUUAAUCAAUAACAAUAACAAUAAUAAUAAAGUUUAUGGUCGGUUAUUACAAUUAGGCCAACCGAAUAAAUUGAAACAAGAUUAUAUACAAUCUUAUGAAAUGGAUUCAUCAUUAUUAUUAGAUCCAUCAUCUUCGACAUUAGAUAUAAUAGGAUUCAAUAAACAAAUGACGAAUAAUAAACAAGUUAAAGGUAGAUUAUUUCGUAGUAAUACUGAUCUACAAAUACCAGAAGGUGAUGAUCCAAAUUUAGUUGAACUAUUUCAAGUUAUUGAAGAAUCUAACAAAUCAACCGAUGUUCCAGCACCAAGAAUGAUAACAUUAGAACGUCAAUUAUUUCAAAGUGUAUUAAUUAGUUGGAAAUCACCAGAAUUAAAUUCAAUGAAUGAAAAUAAAAUUGUAUCUGCAUAUCAUAUUUAUGUUGAUGGACAAUUUCGUUUAGCUGUUAUGGCUAAAGAAAAAACUCGUGCACUCAUUGAUAAUGUGGAUGCUGAUAAACCUCAUCGAAUUUCAAUUCGAUCUAUUUCUUCACAUGGUCAAUCUAAAGAUGCACAAUGUACAUUAGUUGUAGGUCGUGGUAUGACUGCUACACCAGCUCGAUUAAAAGCUACACAAAUUGGUACUAAAUCAGCUAAAUUAAGUUGGAUACCAGGAAAUAGUAAUUAUUAUCAUCGAGUUUACUUAAAUGAAACUUCAUUACAUGUAUGCAAACCUGGUGUAUAUAAACUGCACUUAACUGAUUUACCACCAGAUACUUUGCAUCAAGUAUGUGUUCAGGCUUUGCCAUCGCCAAUGAGUGUACAAGAAUCAGCUCAGCAAUCUCCACCUUGGAUUAAUACUGCCUGGAGUGGUGUACAUACACAGAAACUAGCUGCUUUUAUCGAAUUUCGUACAUUACCUAUAGGCUUACCAGAUCCUCCAAGUCAUGUACAAAUUGAGGCUGGACCUCAAGAUGGCAUGCUACUUAUCACAUGGCUUCCAGUUCCACAAGAUAAAAAUGCAGUAGAAGCUGUUACAGCUGCCGGUGCUAGUAGUAGUUUACCAGUACAAGGAUAUACUGUUUGUUUGAAUGGUCAAGCAAUUAUGGAAAUGAAGGGAGCUUCAAGAGAUCAUGCUAUAUUGAAAUUAUCUACAAUUAGAGAUCAUAUUCAAAGAUUAUUCAAUAAUUGUACUCAAUCAUCAAUCGAUAUUUAUGGUAAUAAUGAUAAUAGUUCAAAUAAAUUUUCAACUACAUCACCAUCAAUUAUAGAAUUAUAUAUAACUGUACAUUCAACAAUUCCUACAGAAUUAUCAUCUAAAGAAGAAAUAAAUACAGUUAAAGAAUGUACAUUAUUAAAAGGUUCAGAAGGUCCUGCAUCGAAACCAAUACAUUUAACUGCAUGUUUAUUAAUUAUGGCAGCUGGUUCACUUGAAACAGCAUAUAAAGUAUUUGGUCCUAAUCUUGCAACUAAACUUGGUAUAAAUGAAAAUACAGCUAAACUAGCUGGUGUAUCUUUAUCACUUGAUGGUUUACAAGAGACAACUACACGUGCAAAUAAUCAAAACGUGGAAAAUAUCAAUUCAGAUGAAGAUCAUGGAUUAUUAGUUGUAUCAGCUGAAAAUGUUGUACGUAAACCUAGUCCAACAGCUGAUGCUUUAGGUUCAGCUGAACAUUAUUCUGACCAUGUUAAUCCUCAUGAAAAUCUCUCAUUACCGGAAAUACAAAUAACACGGAAUAGUAGCUUAUCAGACAAUGAACCUCAAUUCCAAGCAAAUGAUCACUAUCAACAACAGUCAAGAUAUUCCUACCAGGAUUUUCGUGGACCAACUAGACCUAUUCGAUCUCGUUUUAUGGAUACCAGACGACAUGGUUCAUAUGAUCCACAGAUGAGCGUUUCUAACUUCUCAGUAACACGUCAUGAUCCUGACUAUUCACGUCCUGUAAUACCAUCAGAUACAUAUACAUCUGGACCGAAGAGACCGUUUCAUUAUAACAUACCAUCACCAGCAUCCGGUCCAAUACCUCAACAUGAAUACAGACCUUCAUUUAAUCAAGUCAACAUGAAAAACUGUAGAUCAGGCGAUCAGGGAAGUGGUUUAAGACAAGCAGUCGGAUCACAAUAUUCACGAUCAAGUAAAUCAUUUGUACAAAAUGAACAACAAUAUGGCAGAAAUCAAAGAAACAUUAAUGAUGAUUAUUCAAAUCGAAUGGGCCAUAGUGAAUUGAAACCAAUACAAGUUGUAGUAGCUCUGUAUGAUUAUGAUCCAACUACUAUGUCACCAAAUAUUGAUGGUGCACAAGAAGAAUUACCAUUUCGAGAAGGACAACUUAUCAAGAUUCUUACUGAAUGUGAUGAAGAUGGAUUUUAUCUUGGUGAAUGUAAUGGUCUACGUGGAUUAGUUCCAUCAAAUAUGGUUUCUGAAUUACAAUCACAUUCAUUAAGAUCACAAAAAAUUAAUCAUUCAAUAGAUUCUCAUUCAAAUCUAAUAGAUAUGAAUCAACAAUCAUCAGAUCAACUUAAUAAAACUUAUUCGACGGAUAUUAAUUUACAUGGACAAAUGAAUUCACCAACUCAAAAUUAUUAUACAACUAAAAAAUAUGAUCCAUUAAUUUCACAUACUAAUUCUGUUCCUCGAAAUAUAGAUUUUAUGAAUGAACAUUCAUAUCAUCCACAAAUGGCAAUACCUGAUUAUAUUGAAAUAAAAGAUUUACAAUCUAAUGAAUUAGAACAAGAUCGUAAUCUUCAUUAUUCCCAAUCUCAAACAAAACAUACUACUGCCACUGCUGCUACUACUACUGUUACUACUACUAAUACUACUACUGAAUUAAGUCAAAAUACAAUGAAUCAAAUCAUACCAAAUACAUUACAUCAUAAACCACCAAUGGAAUCAAUACAACAACAAAUGAAUCAACAAUCAAAAAUUAUGAUUGCUAUUUAUGAUUAUGAUCCACAUAUAUUAAGUCCUAAUCCAGAUAUUGAUGCUGAAUUAUCCUUUCGAGCAGGUGAACAAAUUCUCAUUUAUGGUAAUAUGGAUGAUGAUGGAUUUUAUUAUGGUGAAACAAAAGAUGGUCGUCGUGGUCUUGUGCCUUCAAAUUUUUUAAAUUCUUAUAACAAUGAAAUUCAUUAUUUAAAUAAACAAAACAAUUUUACAAAUUUACAUGAUUAUGAUCAAGAGAAAAUACAAAAUCAUAAAGAUCAAUCAUAUUCAAUGGAUCCAUUAAUUCGAAUAUCGAAUCGAACAAAUUCAUCACAAUUACAUAAUAAUAAUAAUACAAAUUAUGUUAGAAAUACGAGAUCAGAACCAAAUUCUGAUCGAACUAAACUUGUGCAUAAUACACGAUCCAGUUCACCUUGUACACAAACAAGAUCAUAUACUACUUCUAAUAAUGAUGCUGUAAUAAAUACAAACAUCAAUUCAACUAAUUAUCAUCGAGAUGAAUUACCUAUGAAUGAUAUGGAACGUUUUCCAGAGAAUGAAGAAAAUCCAAUAAUUGUAAUGGAUUUAAAUCCGAUAUCAAACAAUUCACAUAGGAAAGGUAAGUCAAAUAAAGAUUAUGAUACAACUUAUAUGAAUCAACGUGAUACUGAUGUUACUGAUAACUACAUAGCAACAACUGGUCCUAAUUAUACACAACGAAGACGUUCAACAAUACGAAGUUUAUUUAAACGAGAAUAAAUUCAAAUUCUUUCUUCAUCUUUUUUUUACUUUCUAUUUUUUUUUCUCUGAAAACAAAAAAAAGAAAGAGAGAAAAAAGAAAAAAAGAAGAAAACAAUAUUGUCAAUGAUAAUAAACUUUAAAUAAAAUCAUAUUAUCAAUUUACAUUGUUACUAUACACUUUACUGUGAUAUUGUAUUGUUUCCAUACAACACAUGUACACAAACUUGAAUAUAUACAUAUACAUACAUACAUGGAUCUAUUUCAACUGUUUGCUUAUUUUUCUAAUAUGAGUAACAUAAAAGUGUAAUGACGAAAGUAACUGACAAACAAAAGGAUCAAAACAAAAAAAAAGAGAGAUGAGUGUUCCCACAUUUUGUUUUUUUUGGGGUGGGGGGAGAGGGGGUGAAAGCAAAUGCAGUACUAAAUUAAUACAACUUUGUUUAAUUGUUUACAAUUUUGUGUAUAAAAGAGAAGAUUCCGUUGUUUGUUUGUUUGUUUGAAAAGAAAAGAAAAAGAAAACAGAACAAAAACAAAAAAUGAGUUAGCAACUCAGUUGAGUUUGAUAUAUAAAAGAAAAAAUAAAUAAAGGAGCAAAUCAUGGAUAACAAUAGGAGGAGAUAUAUAUAUAUGACCAUUUUAAAAACAACAACAAAACCAAAGAAACUACAUUUUCGAAUUCUCUAUUCCCAUCUACAUCCGUUACCUUCCAUUCAUUUAUCCAUCAAGAUCAACUUUUGUAGAAUAAAAGAAGUUUUUUUGACAGUAAAAUCUAAAUUCAAUUUCUCUUCUUAAUUUUCUUUCUUAAUUUUUGUAUCAUAUUUGUAAUGGAUAUUAUGUAGUUUGAGAUGUAGUAAUGUAUAUUUUAUUUUGA